GCUGGGGGCCUGCGGGGCCGGUGCACGGGCGGGCCUCGCGGGCAAGGGCGGGGCGUGGCCACGCUGUGGGCGGAGCCUUGGGCGGCCGGAGGAUCCGGAGUGGACGGGGCUUGUGUUGCAACCCUAGCACGCUUCCUUCGACCUGCAGUAUGAAGCACAGGACGCUCGCCUGCAGCCCGGCCCUCUGGGCCUCUAUCCCAUGUCCACGCGCGGAGCUGUGCCUGGACCUGGUGUUAGCUUCUGGACAGUCCUUCCGGUGGAGAGAGCAGAGCCCUGCACACUGGAGCGGCGUGCUGGCCGGCCAGGUGUGGACACUGACGCAGACCGAGGAGCAGCUGCACUGCACUGUGUACCGCGGGAACAAGGGCUGGCUCGGCAGACCCACCCCAGAGGAGCUGGAGACCGUGUGCAAGUACUUCCAGCUGGAUGUCAGCUUGGCCCAGCUGUACAAAGACUGGGGUGCCGUGGACUCCCACUUCCAGGAGGUGGCUCGGAAAUUCCAAGGGGUACGAGUGUUGCGCCAGGACCCCAUCGAAUGCCUUUUCUCCUUCAUCUGUUCCUCCAACAACAACAUCGCCCGCAUCACCGGCAUGGUGGAACGGCUCUGCCAGGCCCUCGGCCCUCGGCUUGUCCAGCUCGACGGUGUCUCCUACCAUGGCUUUCCCAGCCUGCAGGCCCUAGCUGGGCCAGAGGUGGAGGCUUGCCUUAGGAAGCUGGGCCUGGGCUACCGGGCCCGCUACGUGAGUGCCAGCGCCCGAGCCAUCCUGGAAGAACGGGGUGGGCCAGCCUGGCUGCAGCAGCUUCAAGUGGCCCCCUACGAGGAGGCCCACAAGGCCCUCUGCACCCUCCCUGGGGUGGGCACCAAGGUGGCUGACUGCAUCUGCCUCAUGGCUCUAGACAAACCGCAGGCUGUGCCUGUGGACGUCCACAUGUGGCAGAUUGCCCAGCAUGACUACAGCUGGCACCCCAGCAUGUCCUGGGCCAAGGGCCCAAGUCCCAAGGCCAACAAGGAACUGGGGGACUUCUUCCGGUGCCUGUGGGGACCUUACGCUGGCUGGGCCCAAGCAGUGAGUGUGCCUAGGUUCCCCUGGUCUCCAGCCCAGUCCCUAAAGGAGUCUCCAGUCACGACCCAUGGACUGUGCCCCUGCUCCAGUGACCCUAAAGCACUCUCCAGCCUCCCCUCCCCUGACCCUUGCAGCUGUGCCCCCUCUUGCUGUCACCAGCUCCAACAGCCCUGCCCAGGAUAUCCGCCUUCCCACAGCCGCCUCCUGCCCCUACAGGUGCUCUUCUGUGCUGACCUGCGCCGACCCCACCACCACGCUCCGGAGCCGCCAGCAAAGCUUAAGAGAGCACUCUAGAGAUCGAGCAUAGUGGGGCCCUGGACAAAGAAAUUCUCCAGAAGGCUUUCCUGUCAGUCAACACCCCGUCCCCCACCCACCCUGUCUCAGGUCAGGAAGGGAUCCCUGCAACUACCUCAGGGGCCAGGCACCCCCAAAUCGUCCAUUUGCACAACAAGGUGGGGUGGGAAGAGACUGGGAAGGCAGAGCUGUCUGGUUUUAUCUUCUUCCCUUUAUUAUAAGAAGGAACAAUAAAAUAGAAAUAUUUAUAUGGAAAA